UUAUAUAUAUAUAUAUAUAUAUAACAUUUAAAGUGGCACUUACUGAAAAGUUGUUAUGCUUAAUGCAAAAUCCUUCAACCUCUUUUGCGAAUCGGUCUAAUUAGCUCUUCAAAGUGUAAUACAAACCACAGACUGAGCAAUAUUUGUAAAUGGCAACUAACCAUCGCACGGAAUCCACACUCAGACACUUAUAUUUUAAAUGCUAUUUAGAAUCAUUUUCUUUAUAUUCGUAGGCAAUAUCGGUUAAGAAAAGAAAAAUGAUUGCUCUGCGUUUAGUGUUAACUCUAAUUAGUGCGUCUUUUUCAUAUAUGGUUAAUCAGAUUAGCGGAUUAGGACACAUAUACAGAUUACUUUAAAACCCAAGAUGAAGAAGGAAUGUAUUUUAAAAAUCCGUCCCAGUGUGCCAGAAAGACAAAAAGGAUUUUUGAACGCACAGAAAGUGGCUCCUUUAGGCAUUGGAAAUGCCUGUCAUCAAUAUUGAAGAUCUAACAGAAAAGGAUAAGCUCAAAAUGGAGGUAGACCAGCUUAAAAAAGAAGUCAAACUUGAACGGGCCAUGGUUUCUAAAUGUUGUGAAGAAAUAAAGGAUUACAUUGAAGCUGGUACUGCAGAAGACCCUCUUGUCAAAGGAAUUCCAGAAGAUAAAAACCCAUUCAAGGAAAAAGGGGGUUGUAUUAUUGCUUAAGUAUCACAUGCAUUGCUGAAUGUUGCUUUUCAAAAUGCUACAACUGUAAUAGUGAUAAAGAAUGAUGUAAAUUCAGGUAUCAAGGAUGAAAUAAAAUUGGAAUAAAGCUAUUCAAUGUAUGCAAAUUUAAAAUAUUGUAUAAAAUAUUUUGCAAAGAGAAUAAAUAAUGGCAAAAAAGUA